AUGUAAUCUCCUCUUAGAUUAUAUUCUGCUUCAAGAGCAUUUACUUGCAGAAAUAUGGAAACCAAACCUUCUUUUUUCAUUUCCAAAAGUACAACUUUUUAUUCAAUAUCAAAAAAGAAACAAAAUUAUCAAAAAAAUAGAAAGAAAUCGAUAAUUUAAAUGAAUAAUUAUUAAUCGUCAAACAAUCCAAUAAUUUAAUAUUCGAAGAAAAUAAACAAUUAAAAUAAUAAAUAUUGCACUUGGAGGUAUAUAUUAAUUUGUAUUUAGAAAUAAUUAAAUAAAUAAGAAAAGUUACUCAUUUUGAAUAAAUAAUAAAAAAAUGAAUCUAAACAUAGUGAUUUAGAUCUUUAAAUCAGAAUGAAAACAGAAGAAGUAUUAUAUAAUAAAAAUUUAUUAAAGUCAUGUUCUAUUAUUGCAUAUCAAAAAUAAAUCAAAGAUUAUAAAGCCAGAGAAAAAUUUAAUUAAUAAUAAAUUGAAGAACUUAAAAGAGAUACAAGAAGAACAAAACUUUAAGAAUGCUAGGUUAAGUUUUAUUCCUAUUGUUUAAGAUAGAAUGUAAAGUUAUCAAAGAAGAAUAUGAUAAAAUGAAGUUUAAAUAUUAAGCAUUAAUACAUUAGAUGUAUUAAUCAAUUUAUAAUUCUUAGUUAAUUUAGUUAAAAAGAUGAGCUAUUAAAAGAUAACAUUAAAAUUAGUUAAGAAUUACUUACUUCUAUAUAAAAGCUUUAAGAAUUAUAAUUAUAGUAUAAGAAAAUUUAGCAGGAGUUACAUCAAUCAGAUUUUAAAAGAAUAAGGAGCGAAAAAUUAGUACUUGAUAAGGAAAAGGAAUUAUAACUUAUAUAGUUUGAAUAUAGCAAUCCAAAAAAAACAAUUAGUGAUUUAAAUCGUUAAUGGCAAAUAAGAUUAGAAAAUUAAAAAUUAAUUCAGCAACAAAUAGAAGAAGAAUUAAGAUUAAGAAAUGAAAAAAUAAAUCUAUUAGAAAAAACAUUAAAAGAAGAAAAAUCUGCUUAUUAAUUAAAAGAAGCAUUUUACAAGAGAGAAAUUGAUAGUUUAAAUAUUUAAAUUGGAUAAUUAAAAGAAACAAUAUAACAUUUAGAAAGAGAAUAAAUGAUGGAAUAAAGUUCUGAUGAAUAAGAGUCAUAAUCUGAGAAAUCAGUUAAAUAAACAUCGUAAACUUUUAAAAAAUAAAAUACUUAAUUAUUAAUGAGCAGAAAAAAGAUUUAAAAAGUAAGUUCUUCUGAAGUAGAGAUAAUUGGUAAAGAAAUUGGAUUAAAAUUUUAAUUAGCCUAAAUACCUUUUUCCAGAUUGGAUUAAUAUAUUUAUUCUAAAUCAUCAAAAGGUAUAAUAAAUCUAAGUGAAAUAAAUGAGAUACUUAAAUAAUAUCCAUUUGAUUUACCUGAUGAUUAAUCUUUAUUAGUAGCAAGAUUUCUUGCAGAACCUGAAUAAGAAGAAUGGAUUUAUUAUGAUAGUUAUUAAACAAAUGAUGUUGUUAUUGUUAUAAGCAUUUUUAGAAAUCUAGUUAAACCUUUUGAAUUGCUCAAUCCUCAAUGUUAUGAUAAACUAUUUUAAGAAUUAAAAUAAAUUUUUAAGUUUAAUAAGAAUAAGUUAAUUGAUUAUCUAAUGUUAAAUGGAGAUAAUUGUGAUCUAACUUACUUUAAGAAAGCAUUUGAAUAUUGUGAUAUUCCAUUGACAUAAGAGUAAAUUAUUAUUAUCGAUUUUAGAUAAGAAACUUAUAUUUCUAUUAAAAUGUAUGAGAAGUAUAAGAGAAUCGUUAAUUUAAAAUACUAAGAAAUAAUUGAUUACUUCAAAUGA